AUGAAAACAGAGAAAGGAGGUCCUACGGCUCUUGUUCAUGUCUGUCCAGGAACAAAGGGCUGUUUGGGCGCUAUACCUCCUGGGCUUUGCUAAUAGACAAGGCCGUGUAAACACAACCAGCGGAACAGUACUGCUAACGGGUUCGCCAUUGAAAUUUUCUCCGUUUAGUUUACGUUAGCUCUAUAUUUUUAAAAAGACGUGCAUUGGCUACUUGUUCAUACCAACACCACUACAGUGCACUGAAGCAACGGGGAAUUGGAUAGCGACCAUUGAAAUUUUGCCAAAAAGCUACAGUAUCUUGUUUGAGCUCGUGCAGGCUGUACGAAGUCCUUCAAGCUGUACUCCCCAAAGGAGCCCCCCAACGGCAGCGCCUUCCCUCCAGGCACCAUGCUGGACCGCGAUGUGGGACCAACUCCAAUGUAUCCCCCUGCGUAUCUGGAGCCCGGAAUUGGGAGACACGCGCCGUUUGGAAACCAGUCAGACUACAGGAUGUUUGAGCUCAACAAACGUCUGCAGAACUGGACCGAGGACUGUGACAAUUUGUGGUGGGAUGCCUUCACUACGGAGUUCUUCGAGGACGACGCCAUGUUGACCGUAACUUUUUGUCUGGAGGAUGGGCCCAAGAGAUACACCAUUGGCCGGACGUUAAUACCGCGGUACUUCCGGAGCAUUUUUGAAGGGGGAGCGACUGAACUCUUCUACAUGCUGAAGCACCCGAAAGAGAACUUCCACAGUAACUUUGUGUCCCUGGACUGUGACCAGUGCACCAUGGUCACUCAGAACGGCAAGCCCAUGUUCACACAGGUGUGUGUGGAGGGCCGGCUCUACCUGGAGCUCAUGUUUGACGACAUGAUGAGAAUCAAGACCUGGCACUUCAGCGUCCGACAGCAUCGUGAGCUAAUCCCACGCAGUGUCCUGGCUAUGCAUGCUCAAGACCCACAGAUGCUUGACCAGCUUUCAAAGAACAUCACGAGAUGUGGCCUCUCCAACUCCACACUCAACUACCUCCGACUGUGUGUGAUCCUGGAGCCCAUGCAGGAGCUGAUGUCCAGACACAAGACCUACAGCCUGAGCCCACGGGACUGCCUGAAGACCUGUCUCUUCCAGAAGUGGCAGAGAAUGGUGGCCCCACCGGCGGAACCCACCAGGCAGGCCCCCAGCAAGCGCAGGAAGAGGAAGGUGUCCGGGGGCAGCACCGUCGGCGGAGGGCCGGCCGCCAACAGCAACAGCAAGAAGAAGACCCCGGUCGCCAGCUUCGCCCUCUCCAGCCAGGUACCUGACGUGAUGGUGGUGGGCGAGCCCACGCUGAUGGGAGGGGAGUUUGGCGAUGAGGACGAGCGGCUGAUCACGCGGCUGGAGAACACGCAGUUCGACGCGGCCAACGGCAUCGACGACGAGGACAGUUUCAACGGCUCCCCCGCGCUGGGCGCCAACAGCCCCUGGAACAACAAAGCGCCCUCCAGCCAGGAGAGCAAGAGCGACAACCCCACAUCGCAGGCGUCCCAGUAGAGCUCCGCACUGACUCAUCCGCCCAUGGAUCACUCCUACAGAGAGGCACACAACUCAGGACCUAGCCCCAUUUACGGCUCCGAUCGCCAGGUCAGCAUUACGCAGGACCCCUCCUCUCUCUGAGACGUUUCCUUUUCUGCCACAGACCCCUCCUUCACCUCCCUCUGAAAACAGCAAUGAUGGAUCUUGUGGUUCUUGCUGAGGGUUUUUGGAUGUAUGUUUGAUGUCACUGGAGGCCUGGUGAAAAGCUUCAUCUCUGAUCCUAAAGGACCAACGCUGCAGCUGGUUCUCCUCCUGCCUCUGGUCCCUGCAAGCCACUCUUCUGCAGUGCUUUCUCCAAGCUGGUUACCACAUUUACAGUCUGCCCUCCGCAAUAUUUAAUAGGUCUUAUUAUGACUCUUAUUAUGACAUUGUGACUCCGUGCACUUCGAUUUAGAAUGCUUCAAAUUUCAAAUGUUAGAAAAGAAAAGUUUGAAAGAAAUUGUUUUUCCACUUUGUUUUCACUCAUUGUUUUUGUACGACCUGGUUAGAACAAAAAUCUGUACUGUGAAGGAGGGUGUGGACUGUAGUGUAGAACCACAGCGUUAAAAAAUACACACACUGAUGCAGUCCGGUACUGGGGAUUUGGGAGUACUUGACUGGGUCACACUGACUAAACACGACUCCACACUCUACACAAGUUGAUGCAAAAUUGUAUU